UCAUGUCCAUGAGAGCCCUCCCCUUCCCCAUCCCUUUUCUAUGUGAUUUGUUGACUGGUUUUCUCCAAACUUGCGCAUUAAAGAGGCUGGGUGUCAGGGUGUGUUUUUGUGGUGUUGGAGUUUGCAUUAUACUUUCAUGAUAUCAAUUUCCCCUCAAUCAUUUCUAGAUGCGAUAUGCGGUUUUGUGUUGGAUUGGAACCUGUUUCUUUCUUUCUUUUUCUUAUAUACAUGGAUUUGAGUGGAAAGUGGUUUUUUUUUCUUUAAUUUAUAAAGCCAGAUGGGUUGACCUUACCAGUUACACAUUCAUGGCAAGAUCUUGUCGUUGUUUGAAUUAUAUCUAGGUGUUAAAAUUCAUGGUUAUGUGUGAUGGGGGCUUCUGGUUUGGAGAUUGGAUUGGGUGGAUUUUUUUUUUUCAGCUUUUCUGUUUUGAUUGAGAAGGAUUUCCUUAUAACUAUCCUAUAUGAUGUGCUGGUUGAUUGCAGAGGCUCAGAUUUAGAUGUUAUAUAGAGUUUUUUUCAUUUCCGAUUAUAAAUAAGGUGGCUUUUGGGGACUUUUUUUUUUGGGUGCAGGUAUGAGUACGAAAUGGGUUUUCUGCAGCUUGGAUUGGGUCAGAACUUGAAUUUUUUCCAUCGUUUUUUGAGGGAGAAGAGGAGGAAACUGAAGAUUGGAGAAGUUCUAUUUCAAGGGUUAAGGCUGGAUUCAGAUGCAUGUUCUAUUUCUUCACCUCCUUUUCCUUUUAUACGAAGAUCCAUGAGAACAAGUGGACCUUCUUGGGUUUGGGACAUCAUUACUGUCUGUGCAUGCCAAGGUCAUAAGAGAAGAUUCAGGCAAAGUAGAAUCAUUGGAUGAGAAAAGUAUGAUCUUGAUGGAUCUCGCAAAUUGUAAAUUUCUUAAGCUAAUCAGCUGCCAUAUGAAGCCAAUGAUAUGCAGGUUCUUUGUACUGGCAGUCAUCAUUCUUCUAUUCAGAACUGUUCUUCUUUCUCCUCUCCGUGGUUUUCAUUGGUUUCAACAGAGGGGCUCUUAUUGGGUAACCACCUCCACCGCUUCAAACUUGCAGCUAGGUGUCAGAACAGACAAAUUCCUUGAGGUUCCUCAGAUUAUUUGGGGUCUAAACAAUCAAAAAAUAGCACUUGCAAGAGCCAUUUUGACUGCUAGAUUCUUGAAUCGUACUCUUCUAAUGCCUAGCUUGAGUGCUUCUCUGUUCUACAAAGAAAUAGACUUACUGGAUCCAAUUUCAUUCGAUAAGUUAUUCCAUUUUGAGAAGUUUAAUUACCUCUGCAACAGGUUUGUCCGAUUGGGUCGUUAUUCUGAUCUCUUGAAUCAAACCGAGCCAUUUGAGCUCCAGAAGGGGAGUGGUAGGAAGUGGACUAAAGAGCGAGACUUGAGUCAGUUAAAACAAUGCAGAAAGCACCCGAUCGACAAGUUUGAAGUAAUUCGGAUUGUUGGAAAGCAUCCCUUCCUUUGGCAUGAUCAUUGGCCUGUCAAGGACUAUGCAAAGAUCUUUGAGUGCCUAGUAUUGGUUGAUGAGAUAGAAAAUGAGGUGCUGAAGGUUAUAUCCAGGAUCAGAGAGAUAGGGGCUAAGGCAAGAAGUAAGGUUGAUGCUGCUAAAGAAUUCAACUCAGAUGGUUCAGUAGACCAACCUGUGCCUUACAUAGCUGUCCACAUGAGGAUAGAGAAAGACUGGAUGAUCCAUUGUAAGAAGUUGGAGCAAAAAUCUAAUGUCAAUCAGAUCUGCAGUAGUAAAGAGGAGAUUAUAGAAAGGGUAGCCCACAUCACUGGCCUACGACAGCCAGCUGUGGUUUAUCUUGCAGUCGCCGACAGCCUCUUAGAAGAUGGUUCUAUAUUGAGUGGUUGGAAAGACGGUCUUCUUCCUUACGAUAAAAAGAGAUUGGGGGUCUGGGAUAUCUAUAAGAAAUACCCUUACCUUAUACAAUCUGCAAUUGACUGCGAGGUUUGCUCAAGAGCCGAUGUCUUUGUCGGCAAUAGUUUCUCUACAUUUUCCAGCAUUAUAGUGCUAUCAAGGACCCAAAAGCUGAUUGGAUUGGGUAUUACAAGGGCAUGUGGAGUUGGUGUCAGGCCUGCUUCAUAUGCUUACAAUAUCUUGGGAGAAUCCAGGGGCCCAAAGAUGUGGAUGACAGACGUGUCUGCUCCAAGCCUUCAAAGCAUAAGCUAUGGGACCAACAAUGUCUCAUGCUAUAGCAACUGGAAAGCAAGGCUAUUCUAAAGCUGAGUUCAGGGAAUGAAAGUUGUAUAUUUAGGGAGAGGAAUUCUUUUAUUCUAUCUCAUACCAAUUAGGUUUACUAGUGGUGUUGAGCUCUUUUGGAUCUGUCUUCUAAAGCUCACUCGUCAGGCAGAUCUGUGUGUACAUGCAAUUAUUGACUUCUACUCAACAGAUGAUACAACUUUUUUAUGCACAACAUUUCAUAAUGUUGUUCAUGUUGAAUUUUUUAUGUUUUUCCUCA